ACUUCACACUUCAGUCUCAACCGUCGGAUUAUGUUUGCACAUGCCACAUGGCGUCAUAUACCCCGGCAAUGAACGUCGUUGAUGAUGUCAGUAAUUCCUUCUUUUACAAGUCAUAUUUUUUUCGGGGCCUUGUCAUCCUUCUUUCAAAUCGGAAAAUCGCACCCAUUUUCUCUCUCCUCUACCAUCAACAGAUUUUUCGUCAGUAGUCCGGGAGGAUGGAGAAUCAUCAGGGGCACUUUGAAGUUUCAUCUUUAACAUUGUCACAUCUCUCUUUUCUUCAGUAGAUUUCCUAUUUCACUGCUAUCUAUAAUCUGUUAGUGGACCAAGGACAAUAGCACAUUGUUUCUGUAUAUUGGCACAUCGAUAUGCCUUUGUGGUGGGGGAAGUCUUCAUGCAAAGAGGUGCAAGGAAAGACAAACAGAGGAGGUUUUGUUAAUUCAAUACAAAGGAAAAUUAACAGUCGUCUGGAAGACAAGAAAACUGGUAAAUCUGCAGGUUCAGGGAAGUAUUCUUUAGAUGCCUGCUCAGAAAAAAGAUCCCUCUCAGACUCAGCAUUACCCUCGUUGCAAGUAUCACGCUGCCAUUGUUUUGCUGAACCCCCUCAUGCUCAACCUCUUCCACUUCCUGUGCAGCCUACUUCAGUUGUAGGACCUGCUGUUUCUAGACAUUGCCCAACGAGCUUGGAGUUGCAUGGUUGCUCUAAGCCUUUGCCAAAUUCUGAUUUUCUCUCUCGACAUGGAUAUGACCGUGAACAUCCCCUUGCUCUGGAUGCUUGGGGACAUUGUGCUACUUCCUCCAUUUCGAGUAAUAGCUCAGGUGAUACUAAUGAUCAGCCUGAUUCUCAGCUCUUGAGCCCACAGGCAUCUGAUUAUGAAAGUGGGAAUGUAAAUGCUAUCAGCAGUCCUUCCAGGCACAUGGAACACUCCUCGAUCAUUACUCGAAGAAUUCUAAAAGACCAAUUGAAGCCAGUGAUUAGUGAUCAUACUCCCUUUACAUCAGCAAAAAGUGGACGAUUUGGUGCCCAAGUGACUAAAUUGCAAAUUGCCCCUCGUGCUGGUUUCUUUAGUGCUCCAGACAGCUAUACUUCAAGUCCUUCACGAAGCCCAGUAGACUCUUGUACCCACAAACAAGUUGUCAAAUCUUGUUCUGGUGCAGGAACACCAUGUUUAGAUGUGAAGUUGGCUGGAUCUGGACAUUUCUGUUACCUGAGUUCUGAAAAAAGUUCAGGACACAACCCUGUCUUGAAUCUGUCUUUCAUUGGGCCUCAGAAUGGGUGUAGUCCAGAGUAUUCACCUAUACCAAGCCCUAGAAUGACCAGUCCGCGACGAGGUUCUUCCGUGGAAAGUGGUGGUGGGACUCCAUUACGUCCUUGGUAUGGAAGGAAUUGCACUGAAUUUUCUGUGGACAGGUGUAAUGAUGGAAAGCCUGAGAGUCACAAGCUACCACUCCCCCCUGCAGCAGCUUGUAGCUCUUGUCCAUUUUCAUCUUCAUAUGUAGCAGGAAAAACUCCCACUCCCCCAAAUAUCAAUCUUCGGCCAGAAAUGUCAACAAGCCCUGUUUCACGCUGGAAAAAAGGGCGUCUUAUAGGAAGUGGCACAUUUGGUAUGGUCUAUCUGGGCUUCAACAGUGAAACUGGCGAGAUGUGUGCGAUGAAGGAAGUUACGUUGUUCUCUGAUGAUUCCAAGUCAAAGGAAAGUGCACAGCAAUUAAGACAAGAAAUCACUCUGCUGAGCCGCUUAAGACAUCCAAAUAUUGUGCGCUAUAGUGAUUCUGAGAUGGUUGACGACAAACUGUAUAUAUAUCUAGAAUAUGUCUCUGGUGGUUCUAUUUAUAAAGUUCUCCAAGAAUACGGUGAGCUUGGCGAAUCAGCUAUCCGUAGCUAUACCCGGCAAAUUUUGUCCGGACUUGCAUAUUUGCACUCUAAAAACACUGCUCACAGGGAUAUCAAAGGGGCCAAUAUACUUGUGGACCCAAGUGGGCAGGUUAAAUUGGCAGAUUUUGGCAUGGCGAAACAUAUCACUGGGCAGUCAUGUCCAUUCUCUUUCAAAGGAAGCCCAUACUGGAUGGCUCCUGAGGUAAUUAGAAACUCAAAUGGAUGCAACCUUGCUGUUGAUAUAUGGAGCCUUGGGUGUACUGUAAUAGAGAUGGCGACUGCAAAACCUCCGUGGAGUCAAUAUGAAGGGGUUGCAGCUCUCUUCAAAAUUGGGAACAGCAAAGAACUUCCUACAGUCCCUGAUCAUCUCUCAGAGGAAGGAAAGGAUUUCAUUCGGCGAUGUUUGCAGAGAAACCCUCGAGAUCGGCCUACUGCUGCUCAGCUGUUGGGACAUCCUUUUCUCAGAAAUGCUGCUUCUGAAAGUUGCUUGCUAAAUUUAGAUCCUCUUGGGCCACACUAUACACCUAUUAAUCCAGAAAGAUACAAGGGCAGGAGUCAUACGAAAGCAAUGUCAAGCUUGGACUUAGAAGGAGUGGCUGUGCAGUUGUCCAGGGGUUUUAGGAAUGGAUCAGGAUCCAGUAAUCCUCGUGUAUCAAAACAUAUAUCAUGUCCAGUUUCUCCUAUUGGUAGUCCUCUCUUGCAACCAAAGUCAUCACAGCCAAUCUACAGAAGAAGAAAUCCUACUAUUUCCAGCCCUCAGACUGCUUCUGGGUCAUCUACACCCUGCACUAGCGGGGAUUUUGCCUUCCCAAUUAAGCAUUUGGAUCACUCAUUACCUUAUCGAAGGCCUCAGAAGAGUAUUUAUGUCAGUGGCAGCCCCUUGUACUGUAAAAGAAAGCUAGAAACAUUAUCUGGUAUUCCAGAGGUCUCUCAGCUAAACGGAGAUGUAGUUUCAUGUCAAACUGACUUUGUAGGAAGUAAAUUUGGACAACUUGUUCAACGCGAGCCUGGAAAAUUUUGUAAUCGACAGUCAGUAUUGGCUAAUCAUGUGUCCCAGCAACUCUUGAUGGAUCAUCUCAGCUGACUCCUGGUACCUGGUUAAACAUCAUACACUGUGAAUGGUGGACAUAAUUAUUUUUUUGACAGCAAAAGUGGAUGCCUGGAAGGUGGUUAGUUAUUGUACAGUUGAACUAUUGUUGCAGAUGUAUACCUUUUUGAAGAUCAGUUUUUGGGGAUUCUCCUGAUGCAAGGGCCAAUGUAUUUAAGGUGCAAUCAUUGUGGUGAAUAGCUAGAUAUUUUUAGCAAUAUUAGGUUAGUUUAUUGCUUAAACAUAUUUAGGUUAGGUUUUGGCUGAUAUUUUUGCUGUAUGUACAUAUCAAUGAACAGAUCCUUUUUUGUGCUUCGAAGUUCCAAGGCAAGGAAGCUUAAGAUGCUAUGUAUCAUUUGAUUUAUGUAUACAUACUCGUAUUCUAUUGUAAUAUGCGUUACUCUGUA